GGUUUGCGAUGUUCUGGUUUUCUAUGGAAGCGCUGCUGGGAGCUGGUGCCCAGCCCGGGAGGUGACCGCGUGCCACCUCUGCUACACGUGAGGAGCAGGACAUCGGCUGCUGCUGGGAGCCAUGGAACUAAAGGAACGGGUUAAACCUAGGGAAACGGUUACCUUCCUGAAGCUGAGGAUGGGCACGAAUGAACAAUUCUGUUUUCAAUAAAGCCAAGGGGAUGAAUGGCCCCGCUGUCCCUCCCCUCCCGGCCGCAGCUGUGGAAUCCCACGAAUGCGUUCCUCUGCUCUUCAGGAAGAAAAAAAAAAAACCCUUAGAGCAAGAGAGGGGAGACUGAGCCAGCCGACUUGUCCAUCCUCCACCAAAAUGCGUCCAAGGGAAUCUGGAGCCAGUCGUGCAGAGCCCCCGCAGGGCACUGAGCACGUGUGCCUCUUCUCCGGGGCUGGUGCGCCAGCUCAAGAAGAAGACUGGAAAUAAAUGGAUCAAAACCCACUCCCCAACUCAUAUAUAGGACAAAUGUAACCCCCAAUAAAAGGAAUAAGACCAGAUCAGGUGCCAAAAAUGUGUAAGAGCAUUUUAGUGGUUCUUCAGGCACUCACCAACAGGAUCGGUAAGCUCAUCGAGACCAAGAAGGGAACAAAACUUGUUUUUAUUUAAAUGUAUUCAUCCCCGUGUAGCCCAGAACACGCUGUAAAAUAAGAUGUCACUUCCCAGCACCUUUGCUCUUUGCUGCUGCGAUGCAGGAGGGAGAGGAAGCAGCACAACCCCGCUGGAGAUGCAGGGCCAAAGAUGUUGAGGGGCUCAGGAGUACACAGGGAGAAGCUUUUAGGGUGGGGGACAUUGUGAGGAAGGGGACUUGAGAGGAGCCCCUGGGCUCCUCGCUGCUGUCACUGUCCUGGCUUUGGGCAUCCUGUGGAAAUUAUUCGUGUGAGCAGAAAAGCAGCCGUGUCCCUCAGUGCAGCUGCAAGCGAGCUGCUGAGGAGCAGGACUUCUGAUUCCUGAAGAAGGUGGGGAAGAAAAAAAUCACGUUGUUUUCCAGCAGAAGGAAGCCAGGCGUGCAGAGGCUGUGCGUGUGAGGGGUUAGCAGCGAAGGACCCCGGCAUGUGGUCUGCAGGCUGCUGCCCUCCUCCGGAGCGUCCUCCGCGCAGUCCCCGCGGCACAAAGGCAGCACUGUUGGAAGGGAGCGGGCGCGCAGAUGUUGCACGAGCGGAUGGAGCAGAGCACAGCAAGUUUCAAAGCCCCAUCCCGGGCAACUGAGCUUUGUCGUGCUCAGGUUUGGUUUGGACACGCUCGUGGGAAGAGCUGAGUGGGUCAGCUUGGGGGUUCUGCUGGCUCUGCGGGACAGACCCAGCACCACCUGGCAGCAGGUCUGGCUUCUGGGGGCUUUUCAAGCAACUUUUAUUAAAAUUGGUCACAGUGGGCUGCGUUGCCUGCUGUCCACUUGAUUCUGUGUUUAUCUGGCAGGCUCCAGAGGAGAGCAGGGAUGGAUCCCGGUUUUACAGGCCACGUAUUUCUAUGGCAUCUUCUUGAGUUUGAGGGCUGUUCCUCACAUUCCUGGAUAAUGAAGUUUCGGGUUUGUUUUUCUUUUCUUCCACGCUUGACAAAGCCAGUUCGAUGCACUUUGCGAAGCAAUUGGAAACAGGCUCCUCUGCUUCAAAUUCCGCCAAGCUUCAAGCGCCCCGGGAACAAAGUGUCAAGGAUAAAAUCCUCUGAGCCACACUUAGAAAAUCUCACCCCGAGUGGCCAGGCCAUGCCCUCGGGAGCCCGGGCUGUGCUGUAUGUCCAUCUGAGGAGUGAGCAGAUGUAUUGUUUACUCCUCGGCAUCCUGGCGCAAGCCGUACCUCUCCGAAGCAUUUUUUAUGGGUUUUUCUUCAGCUUGCCUGCUGGGAAAUGUACCUAAUUUCUAGAGAAGACGUGCUGUACUGUCAGUUUGUCAAGCUGGCAAAGCAGAGCGGCCCAGCGACCGUGGCGAAGGACGGGGCUGAAGCACCCUCCCCUGCUGGCCCUGGGGGUCCUGCUGGCCCUGGCCCUGCUGGCGCUCACCCACCUGCCCCCACCACCACCCGGGGACCACGGCCGGGCCCGGUCCCUUCGCAUGGCACCAGCACCCAUAUCACCGUCCCCACCCCCUCGGCCUCGGCAGGACACAGCCACCACCCUGUGUGGGGACAAGCUGUCCUCCCGGGGGACAAGGAGGCGUCAUGGGGACAGCCGGCGGCUGCGGGAGCUGGGCACCCGUUCCCCUUCGCCUUGUGUGGAGCGGCCAUGUUGGCGGGGCGGCCCCCAGCAUGGGGACAGGCUGCGUUUUGGUGGGAUGGCCCCGCCGUGGCUCUCUGAUGAUGACAUUCAGAAGAUGAAGCUGCUGGCCCAGGGGCAGGUGGUCUCCAAAACCCGUGUGCCGGCCCACGGGCAGGUCCUGCGUGUCCGCCUGCAUGCCGAAGGGGACCCCCAGCCCCCCAGUCCUGGGGGGGACUGCAGGGAUGGGCGCUGCGGGCUCAUCAAGCGCCCUGGGGACCUCUACGAGGUGGUGGCUUUCCACCUGGACAGGGUCUUGGGGCUGAACAGGAGCCUGCCCGCCGUGGCCCGCCGCUUCUCCAGCCCCAUCCUGCCCUACAGCUACACCAACGGCGCUACGAGGCCCAUCAUCUGGUGGGCACCCGACGUCCAGCACCUGGAGGACACCAACAACGACCAAAACUCCUGCGCCAUGGGGUGGCUGCAGUACCAGGAGAUGCUGAGGACUCAUGGCAGGGCCCCGGUGGUGGUGGGGACACCCUGCAAGAGCAUCCAGCACGGCGAGUGGGGCCGCCUGGCGCUCUUCGACUUCCUCCUGCAGGUUCACGACCGCCUGGACCGAUACUGCUGCGGGUUCGAGCCCGACCCCUCAGAGCCCUGCGUGGAGGAGAUGCUCCAUGAGAAGUGCCGAAACCCAGCUGAGCUGCUCCUGGUGCACAUCCUGGUCCGGAGCAGCUCCCCGUCCCAACUCGUGUUCAUCGACAACGCCGGCCGGCCGCAGCAGCCAGAGGCAAAGCUCAACUUCAGGCUCCUGCAGGGCAUAGACAGCUUCCCGGAGGCAGCCGUGGCCGUGCUGAGGUCAGGCUGCUUGGGCCGCCGGCUGCUGGAGUCGCUGUACGUGGACCGGGAGCUGUGGGACAGCCAGGGAGGCGCCGAGGGGCUGAGACCUCUGAUACGGACCCUGGAGAGAAGGGGGCAGGUCCUGCUGCGGUACCUCCAGCAGCACAACCUGACGGUGAGGGGCACGCCACGCUGAACCCCGUGGUGGUGGCUGGGCCUCUCAUGUCCUCAGUUUUUGUGAUGUGGAGCUGCGGGUGGGUUCUUGCUGCUCCAAAAGGUUUUUUUUUUUUUUUAAUUUAACCCCCCCAUUGGUGGGAUGUCCUGGAAAAGGAGAAGGGAUUGUAGGAAAGACGAGGAGACCUUCUCCAAAGACAUCCCACAAAUGCUUGAGAAAGGCACUAAGCAAGGCUUAUCAUGCAACAAUCACAGCAUGGGAUUUUCAUCAGAUGUCCACCAGAUUUUGGGUGCCUUCACUCCCCUCUUCUCCCCAGCACCUUUGAAAACUGCAGUUUUGACCAGCUGAACAGACAGAGAGCCUGGGAAGGGUUAGCCAAGCACUGAGAGGCACUGCUCAGGGCCGAGGGAAAUCACUGACAAUCUUCCCAUGGUUUGCAUCGGGCUUUUUUUGAUGAUGCCUUCAUUGUUCCCAAAAUAUUAAAAGCAGAGAGUCUGGGGUGGUGUGGGGAAAAGCAGAGGAGACCUUCCUAACAAGUCACCAGAGCUGAGCUCUGUCUUCCCCAAGGAAGAGGUGACGUGUGCCUGAUGUCUGCAUGAAGCUUUCUCUAAGGUUAGCAGAAAAAAAAAUAAAAAAAUCCCUUAACAGACAUGCAGGGUUACCUCAGCAGAAGGCAACUGGGUGCAAAACACAUUCUGCAAGUGCUGACACCCCCAGCAGCCAGGCAGUGAGAGCGCACAGCAGCAUCCUGGCUAAAUUGGGCCUCAGGAGUCAGGGCAGAGAGCAAAACGAGCAGGAGGACACAUGGGUGCCUGCAGAGAGGCAGGGAAGCGGGCUCCUGUGCUGUCCCCGAGCCAUCCAUCUCGGCCGUCUGUCAGUUUUAGAGCCUGCGAGGGGGUACUUCCACAGCCACGCUGAUAAGUGCAAGCAAUUACCUUUCCCUCUUGCUUAAGAGAAGAUGAAGUGAGGCUGGAGUGACAUUAAUCAGCCAGUGUGAGUGCUCUCCGAAAGCGUCGGCACAGGACAUCGUGUGUGCCUCAGCAUCCGGAGCACCGGCAGCAUCUUGCUGCACUCCUGCCCUUGAGGUGAUAAAGGAAACCCUUCACCCCAUCCCAUCUCCACCAAGAAACCCCACCGAAGCCCAACUCAUGGGGAUUCAUUAUCAAGAGGUGGCCUUAGCCUGUGAACUUGGAGAAUGAAACGACUCAUCCUGGGUCCAAAAUAACUCAGCCGUGCCCAGGCACUGCCUGAUGUGAGUAAAUGAGAAUAAUAAUGUCACACAACGAAACCCAGAACAUAGUUUGCUGGCUGAACACAUGUGGGAGCAUCUGUAAACCCUUAUGCGCGUGAAUAAAAAUCACUCCUGAAUUAACAAAGAGUCAUGUAUGGAUAAAUGGGAGAAGCAAAAGCCAUGAUCUUGCUAAGAUUGAUCAUUAGUUUCCUCUAAAUAUUAUUUUUUCCCCAUGUGUAUUUAUCCAUGUAGAAAGCAGAACGCACAGGCCCCGAGAUGUGGCCGCAGUGGUUCAGAGAAACCCCUGGGGACUGCUCCAGCCCCAUCAGCCUUCACCAGCAUCAGGUCCCGUUCACUCCAGCUACAAACACGGUUCAUUUCCUAUUAUAUUUAUGCUCUUAUACCAGGAUAAGGCACCUUCCCUGGGCUUGUAGGGCCUAAAUUGCAGGAGGCUCCCACGGGGGCAAUUGGAGCAACCCCUGGUCCUAACCAGGCACCUGCUUGUCUUCAGCCAGGGGAGCUGGGAUGGGGAACAGCCUUCGGGGCAUGCCCGUGUGCUUGCUGGCUCCUUGAUGGGAUGGAGGAGAGCAGCAGCAAGGAGGUAGGACCAUGGGGAAAGCACUGCUGAAACCAUAAGACACCAACACCUUCACCUUUGCCCCACGCAGAUCCUGCAAAGCACCCUCUGAAGACGAUGAAGGCCCUGCUCAUGCAAAGGCAAACCCAGCUGGAAAGGAGCCACAAGCCCUGGAAGCCCAGCCCCACACAAAUUUAUUGUUAAAUCACUGGAUAUAAAAAUAAUCUGCCUUUUAGAAAGCAAUUUAUUUCCGCUUUAGGUACUUGCUUAAAUAUUUAUGCUGAAAA